ACUAGCUGACAAUGUGUCUGAACCAGUUCGACCACAUAUAUUUUAUACAGUUUGUUAUGAAAACCAGGUCCGCUAACAGGAAGUAAGCAAAUCGGAGUGAGGGGGGUUUCCAAAAUGAUUCACAGCUACAGUAACGACUACUCAGCAAAAUCAGAGUUUAUAUACGUCUUUAUACACGCUACAAACCCCAAGUAAAACUAACGGAUAAAGAGUCUGAGCUCCAAAUUAAAAUCCAAGCGCUUCCUUUCGCAAGCGGAAGUGGAGGCGGUGUGAACGACAGUAACCUUGACAGCACCGACAGAGCGUUUCUCGCGAAUCACGUGGUUCGCGGGAGGGGUGUAUUAUAAAUACCGGGCGCAGUUUGUCUGGUCUGUAUAUCAGUUCAGAGGACAGACGUAGAUUGUGGACUUAAUUUAACAGCCAGACCAGGACACAGCCAAGAUGGCCCAGUGGAUGGAGCUGCUGAGGCUCAACUUGCUCCAGGGGGAACUGGGUCAAUUCUACGACAGGAAGUUCCCUCGACACAUCCGCCACUGCCUGUGCCUGUUCAUAGAGAGCCAGGACUGGGAUUCGGCAGCUGCGGAUGAAAACAAAGCCAGGAUUUGUUUCCAAAGUCUGCAGUGUUAUUUGGAGGAUCAGUGUAACCGUUCCCUCGUGGAAGGCAGAAUUCUGAAGGAUCCUGAUUUUCCCGGGAUAAAAGAUUAUCUGGUGAACCACUUUGAGGAAUCACCGCUGCAGUUGGCUAAAGUCCUGUCUGAGUGUCUACACGAGGAAAAGAAAGUCCUGUCGUCAGCCUCGCAGGAGCAGCACCACAGCAGUCCACUGGUGAAAGACAAAUGGAGAGUCUUGGACAACAGGAUGAACCUGCUGCUCAGACAGACUUUGGAGAUAAAGACAAAAAUGUCAUCAAUGACUAACAACCACGCCGUGGGGACCAAGAGACGCCGAGAAGCGUUAGCGACCGUCGCUGACCUCGCCCAGGGAGAGUUCAACUUCAACCUCCAGACAAUCAGUCAGGUGCUGCUCAAGGAUGUGGUGAACAUUCUACAACAGCUGAAGGGCAUCGUCAAGAUCCUGACGGAGGAGGAGCUGCCGGAGUGGAGGCACCGACAGCAGCUGGCCUGUAUUGGAAGUCCGGUUAGCACCUGCGUGUUCCACCUGCAGAAGUGGUUCACAGAUGUGGCAGAGUUAAUCCUCUGUUUACGCCGACUCCUCCACAAACUCCAAGAACAGAACAGGAAGUACAAGCAUCCAGAUCUGUCCGUACAUCUUGAACAAACACAGAAGUUCGCCGUUACUCUGCUCACCAAUCUGCUUACAAACGCCCUUAUCGUUGAGAAACAGCCUGCAAUGGGCAAUACACCACAGCGACCUCUUGUGAUCAAGACUGGAGUGCGCUUCUCAGUGACGGUCAGGUUCUUGGUGAACCUCCCUGAAUUCAGAUGCCUGCUCAAAAUCAAACCGUUUUUCGACAAGGACAUCGAAGAAAUCAUCCAAACUCAUGGCCUGCGCCAGUUUGAACUCAACAAGGAGGAGAGUAAGGUGAUGGACGUAGAGACUUCUGGUGACAGCCUAGUGACGGAGUUCGUACAAAUGACGCUCAAAGAAAUCAAAACAUGGGGCAGCCGAUCAUGUGAGCAGAGUAUCUUGGUCACCGAAGAGUUCCACAUCAUUAAGUUUGCGACGUGUCUUCAGUUCGAUGGACUGACGUUCAACAUCGAGGUCAGCUCGCUGCCCCUGGUGGUCGUCUCUGCUACCCCUGAGAUUACUGGGGCGUCGGUCAUGUGGCGGAACAUGCUGUCUACAAGUGAACAACAGAACUUGUUGUUGUUCCUCAAACCCCCCCCUACUGUGACGUGGCAGCAGCUGUCACAGGUCCUCAGCUGGCAAUUUCUAUCUGUCGGCAAGAGAGGACUGGACGAUGAGCAGCUCUCCAUGCUGAGAGAUAAAAUUGUGGAUGAAUCUGACGGUCUCGUUCACUGGAGUAAUUUCAAGAGCGACAAUGUGUGGAUUUGGAUCGACGCCAUCCUGGAUUUGAUUAAAAAACACCUGUUGGACCUCUGGCACAACGGGUACAUCAUGGGGUUCGUGAGCCGGAAGACGACGCAGGUGCUGCUGGAAGAGAGAGUGAGCGGUACUUUUCUGCUCCGCUUCAGUGAGAGUAUCAAAGAUGGAGCCAUCACCUUCAGCUGGGUCGAACACUCCGCUGGUGAGACCCACGUACACAACCUUGCGCCGUGCACCAAGAAGGACCUGUCGGCCAUGUCGUUGCCGGACACCCUUCGUCUCUUCAGUAUGACAGUACAAGGGAUCUUGACGAAUCCUCUGCUUUACCUUUACCCACAAACACCGAGAGACGUGGCGUUUGGACCAUACUACAGUAGUGAAAAGCUGACUAAAAAAGACCUCAACGGUUACGUCGAAAGACAACUGGUUCCCAUCCCAGUCUACCCUACUCCACCUUCAUCUCCGCCUCAGGACAUGGAUAUGGACCUGGACUUGAACACGGACCUGGGGCUCUUAGAGGAAUUAAUUCAGGACCUCCUGGAUUCACCUGGAUCAUUUGGAGAACUCCCGUAACACAAGCUGUACCUGGUACCGAUCAUCACAGCUGCUCCUGAGGAGAGGCUCAUUGGAUUCUUUUGGAUGAAAAGUUCUGUGUACUGGUUGUAAUAUUCCAUAAAAAAAAAAAAAAUUCUACUGUUAUCCCUAACCCUAACCCAUACGAUCACACAUAAACACAUACAGAUGCAAAAGGCCAAGUAUUAUUAUUAUUGGAGUUCUCAAGGUACAAAAUUGACCACAAACUUGAAUGAAUGAAGAACGUUGUUGUACUUCCUCAGUUCUUCAGCAGAUGGCCUCCUUCAUUACCAUGAAAGUUUGACAGUCUACAUGUCCCGUUUUAAACUUUUUUUGCACCUUUUUAAUGGUUCUAGCGCCGCCUAGCGGAGGCCCACGUCACACUUUGAAAAACAAGGGUAUUCGUAAUGCAGAAUGUAAACAAGUUAACUUGAAACAAGUACAUGAAGUUUAAAUGUUGGUAAAAUAUUUAAACAUAUAUAUAUCUUUUUGUGUUUGUGGCCAGUCUCUCCGUACUGUACUGAGAAAACUAGGGAUGUCCGAUAUGAACUGCUGAUGUCUGAUAUGAACUUUUUGCUGAUGUCUGAUAUGCCAGUAUUGUCCAAAGACGAUUCUGAUAUCAACUGAUACGGAUAUAUGCAGCUGUUUGCUCCUAAAAUGAGGUAAACGUCUCAGGACCCUACGUGCGAUACCAGCAAGUUUGGCAAAACCCAGGCAGUGUGUUACCGGAUUUUCAUUAUCAGAAGAAAAAACGAUAACGCCCUUACCGAUAUUACAUAAUUAUACUAAUAUCAGACCGAUAUUAUUCAAACUUGAAAAGUGGAGCACAUUAAAAAUAUGAUGUUCCAGAGGGAGGAGUGUUGAUCUGAUGGCGCAGACCUGCCGCUACAUGAGGGAGACACUUUAUCUGGACGAAAACUGAGCGACGCAGCUUACAUGUUUAAUGAUGUUUUUAGCAGCUGCGAUAGUUGUGAUACAGUGAUACUUGAAGGCAGAGGACUGAGUAAGGAUGAUGUGUGGUUGUGAUGAACCAGCUGUUCUGUGUUGGUGAUGAACUGAUCUGUCCAAGUCUAGAACAUGUAACAUGUCGUAAAUUGACCUCUGAGGUAUGAAGCAGACGAUACUGUGAAAUCAUGACGCUGUGGAAACUCUCUGUCAUCUGUUUCUGUUUUAUUAAAAUAAACAUUUGAACAAAUCCCACUUUCAAAA